CUAGGGGGCGCUAUCAUCGACCAAAAAACGACAGUCCAUCUGUCAGGAUCGAUUAUUUCUUUUAAGUUUGGAUUAUUUCUGUCUUUGUUGGAUGGUAUAAGCUGUAUUAGCUCACACAGUACAUAGAGAGAAUUAUAAUUUAUUUAGUAGACCAUGUACAAUGGUAUUGGACUACAGACUGCCAGAGGAAGUGGAACUAAUGGUUACGUCCAGAGAAAUCUGUCCUUCUUAAGGAAACACAAGGACCGAGUGGACUACAAGUCAGAAGAGGAGCUCAAGAAGUUAGACGAACAACUAAUCAAACAGCCCAACAAAGAAAUCCUGGACCAUGAACGGAAACGCAAAGUGGAACUCAAGUGUAUGGAGAUGCAGGUUCUCAUGGAGGAGCAAGGAUAUUCAGCAGAUGAGAUUGAGAAGAAGGUGACCAUGUUCAGAACAAUGCUUGUUCAGAAAGAGGGUGUGUCAGAAGCUACAGUGGAAAAAGACUCCUCUGGACGUCCAGUAGCUAAGGAGAGUCAUCAGAUAGCACAAGCAACAGCAGAGAAGAAUGCCCGUAUUAAGGAGGCCUUCGGCAUUGGUGAAAACUAUGUGGAUGGUUCCUCCUUUGAUCCCAACCGAAAGGCUAAAGAGGAGCAGGCCAAAGCUGUAGCAAUGGCACAAAAGAAGUACAACAUUGUAAGAGAUUCCAGUUCAUCAGAAAGAUCUCCUUCACCGCCUCCAAAAAGGAAAAAGAAAAAGUCCAGCAGAGAUGACAGUAAUUCUCCAGAGAGAAAAGAGAAAAAGAAGAAAAGCAAAAAGCGCAAGCGUGAUCGGUAGGCUAUCGUUCCUUGGAGGAGAAGUAUUAAUCUGUUAUAGCAUUACACGUUGUUCACUACAUCAAACUUAACAGGUGACAAAAAUCGGGCAGUGGGGCACUUCCCUAGAAUAACAAGGAAUGCCUUCCCUUGUGGAAACUAAGGGGGAACUUUGUAUUAUUUGUCUCCUCUACCUUGAGCUUUGUUUUUGUUUGAGUUUUAAGUUGCUUUCUUAUUUUCAGUAAGUUACAUAAAUAUUUCCUGGAUUUUUGAUUUUUAUUUAUUUUUAAAGAAAAAAGUAAAGGGAUCAGGGGAAACAUUUUUCACAUGAUCUUAUUUUUAGAGGUCACUCAAUUUAUAUGUAAAGCAGUGUAGUUGUCUGUUUUUACAAAACGUACCUUAAUUUAUAGUAUUCUUUUUUUGAGUUGAUAUUUAUGUAUAUAUUCUUCUCCUUAGUUGUGUCACCCUUUCAUUUAUGUACAAUUUAUAUUUCACUUUCUCUAUGUAGUUUGUACAUUGUCAUAUAUUGUGUUUAAUACAUUCAUUUUUUUCUCAUGAUGAAAGAGCACAAUACUUAGGUUUUAUGUUGUGCAUUGAAGUCAAUGUUGAUGUAUCAUAUUUUUGAAUAAUAACUUUCAUGAAAUUCAUUGGCAUAUUUUGUGUUCAAAUUGCCCAAAGAUUAAAUUCUCAAAGGGUUUCAGAAAUGUUUCACUUUGGGGGGAAAUGAAAUUAGUGUAAAUGGUUUAUUACAGCAGUUGUUAAUCUUUAUUAUAUACAAAAAAAGCUUGGAAAUAAAAUCUCUGCAUGGGUGUAUAUUCUACCACUGGUGGUUUGGUAAUACCUUUGUGAAGAACUGCAGAUUUUCUUAUUACAGAGAGAGUGAGGGUGAAAUCAAGAGCAAACAAUAAUCAUUUAUCCAUUCAUUUUCUUUGAAGUCAUCCUUUUACAGAGCUCUUCAUCUUACUUGCAUAUAUAAAAUGCUUGAUAAAUUUCUUUUGUUUUUGUGGAAGCCUUCACUUUCAAUAGCAGGUAACUUCACUAUUUCAGUUUAGUUUUUAUCUAUUGUUUUUGUUUUUUCCCUCUUGUAUUAAUUAUUUUAGUAUAAUUUACAAAUUGGUACAAGAACUUACUUGAGACUUCAGUGACAAUUGAUUUUUAUCAUGUGAAAAUGCAGCAAUUUAAAAAACCAUAUCUUUUUUUAUAUACAAAAUGUUUCAAACAAUGCAGUAUUGAAAAAUAAAAUGCUGAGUGUAUCUUAA